GGAACACAUCACUGAAGAGUGAGGUCGUUGUCGCUCAGGCUUCCUAAGGGGUUGGAUCGAAUAGUAUUACUUGAUACUGAUCUGUGAUUGUUUGAAUCUUUAAGGCCUCAAUUCUGAAGUUGCGCCUGCCACCAUGUUUCAAGGACUUGGCCAGUCCUCUUCGGCUGGAUCCCUCUUUACGACCACUGCGAACACUCAACAACCUGCGAAAAGAGGGCUAUUCGAUAGCCCAACUACAUCGCAACCAGCCAAGCCAUCCCCAUUCGCAACUACGGGCACAAGUUUAGGUCUUGGAGCCGGGCCCGGCGCACCCCAAUCCGCACCUGGGGCCGCAAGCAUCUACUCCAGCGGCAAUCCCAAUCCCGCGGGAGCUACCAAUGUCGCAUCUACGCAGUCUACAUUUGGCUCCUCGAUACUGGGACAAUCAUUUGCACCAGGUGGCCAAUCACAGCUGGGCCAGCCGGUAAACCCAGCGCUCGCAGGCCAGUCCGUCUUGUCCACCCAGACUACACAGCCCGCGUAUUUCAGCAGUUUGUUGGAGCGUGGGAAGAAACGACCUCACCCAUCGAGCCUCAAGACCACCCAAGUGGAGCUUCCAAAUCUACAAUUGGGUCUCGAUGAUAUUCGAAGAACUGCUCGUGGCCUAGGGGUCAAAGAAGCAGCUGGCCGCCUGAGCGCUGAUGCAAAACCGCACUACUCACUUACCGCAUCGGGAAUAUCUCCGGGUCAGGUUUUGCAUGAUUUGAGAGAGUUGGAUAAACAAGGACCGCCUCCCAACGUGAUGAGAGACGAUGAGCCCUUUGACCCGGAUAAUCAGAAGUUCCUACGACGGAUGCAACAGCGUGGUCGGGAUGUUAUGAUCGCCGAUAGCUUUGCGAGAGUUCGACGGGAUUUCGACGCAUUUUUAGAGGAGAAGGUCAACUUGAACUGGGAUGAGCAACGCCAUAAGAUCUUUGAGCACUUUGGUUUAGCUCCUAAGAGUGAAGCAAGCGGUGAUCGUCUCGGAGAAACGACGCGCGACAGUGGCGCAUUCGGGGCGUCAAAAAGUGUUAGAUUUGGAGCAGAUUUAGGUCAACGGCCGGCAUCAAGCACAAGACGGAGCGUAUUUGGACGUUCGGCUCUUUCAAAGUCUGUAAUUGGGUCUACCAUCAGCGGUGGUGAUGUUGCACAGAUAUUUUCUCCUACCGCCUCGAGUUUGCAGGCUGCGGAUACACGCUUCUUAAGGGAGAAAAUGGGACAUUUUGCAACAAAGGUUCAACGCCUCAAUGAAGCAAGGUCUCAAGAGAAGGCGUUUCCUGUUCUGCACGAGUUUGCUGAGACUGAAAAACUGACAAUAUCCGACGUUCCUCGCCAACUUUUCGAAGCCUAUCAAGCAUUAAUAAGUAUUACUGACGAAAAUCCAAAUAUAGUUGAUUUUGCGGAGCCAGGUGCAAUAAAGGAGCGCCAGUUUUCGCAGGAUUAUCUGGAUGAGAAUGUGAACUCCAAUGAAUCAGUGCGUAUGAGGAAAAGGAUUGUGGAGGGCUCGAGAAGGUACUUGGAACAGGCGUUCUAUAGGGAAAUAGAGAAUGCAAUCGCCAAGAACCCCAGAGAAGCCCAAUUAGGCGGAAUCCCAUCCAUAACCAACAAAAUUCGAGCCUACAUUCGACUGAAGGCUGCACGGAAGGACCUUGCACCGGAUGGAAUAGAGCUGCAAAUGGUCGACCAGGACUAUUGUUGGGUGCUCAUAUUCUACCUCCUCCGGUGUGGGUUUGUCUCCGAGGCCGCUGAAUACGUGAGCACGGACCAGGGGUUCCGGUCUAUGGAUUACAAGUUCGUUACUUAUAUGACGACCUAUGCUCAGCAACGCCGCCUGCCUAGAGACCUACAACAGAAGAUCAAUGGAGAGUACCAACAACGACUCCGAAACGCCCCUGAGAAUACCGUGGACCCGUAUCGGAUGGCUUGCUACAAGAUCAUUGGUCGAUGUGAUCUUAGCCAGAGGCGACUCGAGGGAAUGAGCCAAGGAGUGGAAGAUUGGAUGUGGUUGCAGUUUACCUUGGCUCGAGAGGACAGUCGUGCUGAAGAAAUCGCAGGCGAUAUGUUUGGAUUGCAAGAGAUCCAGCAGGAUAUCUCGGAAAUCGGUCAGCGAAUAUUUGUAAAAGGCCAGGAGGCGGCUGGCGGAUACGGGACCUACUUUUUGCUGCAGAUCCUGGGUGGUAUGUUUGAACAUGCAGUAUCUUAUCUCGGAAACUAUGCGCCUAUUAACGCCGUCCACUUCGGAAUUGCGCUGGACUAUUACGGCCUGCUUCGCGUGUCAGACUACUAUACUUCUGGCGAAGAACUGCUGUCCUUCACUACGAAACAACUACCACAGAUCAACUUUGCUUUCCUUAUCACCCAAUAUACUCGGGAAUUCCGCACAGGCAACGUCGAAGCUGCCGUUGACUAUUUCACCUUGAUCUGUUUGAAUGCAGAUCUUCCAGGAGAACUAGGGAAGUCGCAGGCAUCAGUGUGCCAUGAAGCGUUGCGGGAGUUUAUUCUGGAAACUCGCGAUUUUGCCAAAUUACUUGGAGAUAUCAAAUCGGACGGUACUAGAAUCAGAGGCGCGAUAGAGCAACGCUUGAAACUUAUUAAACUUGACGACCAGGAAGAGUUUCUCAGAACAAUCACAGUCCAGGCGGCUGCCGUUGCCGACGACAAAGGCCUCACUGCGGAUGCGGUGCUCUUGUAUCACUUGGCUGAAGAUUAUGAUAAUGUCGUGGUGAUCCUCAACCGGUCUCUUUCGGAUGCAGUGGCAGUGAAUCUAGGUAGCGCGGCUCUGAGACUUCAGCAGCCUAAACCUGGUGCAGCUCAGCAAACACAGACAGAUGGCCAGCAAGUCACCCCAGCCGAGGCCGCAAGUAGCUUCAGCCUUACUUCUGUCGAAGAUCCAGUGACUCUUGCGCAGAAUAUGAUUGGCCUCUAUAAUACCAAUGCCAUGUAUUACCAGAAGAUACAUCCGAUUAACCGUGAAGCAUGCGGCAUACUACUUCGCAUGAUGGAUGCGAAGAGUAAAGUCGAAGCAGGGAAGUGGGCCCAAGCGCUCGAUGAUAUCAACAAUUUACAAAUCCUGCCGCUAAGCGCUCGCGGAUCUGUUGCGUAUAUUCGAAGUGCUGCACAGGCGUUUUCGGCUCUACCGGCCGUUAUUGCACGGAACGGAGGUAAUCUUAUCAUGUGGAGCAUUACAUGUAUCAGCCGAGAGCGCGAAAGGUUACAACAGGGCGUGUAUGAGAAUGAUAUGCGGCAGAGCUUGGCAGACCAGCUUCUGAGCAUGGCCAAGGAUUUGAUGGUGUUUGCAGGUAUGAUCAAAUAUAAGCUGCCGCCUGGUGUGUACGAAGCACUGGCGAAAGCAGCGGGCGACAUGGCGGGGGUGUAGUGCAUCGGUCCCAACUUAUUCCCCAUUGUCCAUGACUUGAUUUCUGGAGUAGCUCGAGUUCGCCGAAAUAGAGCGUAUUU